AUGUGUACUUGUGGGCCUCAGGGUACUACCUGUACUGUGUAUCUCUUUAAAGUCCUGUCCCCUUUAACAUUUACUAAUGUCUUCAUUUAUUGUUUUCAUUUUGUAGUUCUACACUGGCUCCUUAGCAUGUAGCAUGCUUCCCUAUCCUGUACCACUCUUUGUCUCUAACCCCUGCCUACUUGGGUCUUCUUCCCAUUACUAUAUUUUAUCAGAGAAAGCACAGAUUUUUGACUUGCUAUGAUCUCUGAACACCUGCCAGGCCCUUUCCUGUUCUUAUUCGAAUCUGUUAGAACUAAGUGUGCUGACCAGUCUGUCCUCGGCAGUGGUCCUUGGUUGCCAGGAAACUAGCUUUGUCCCUUUGGUCUCCCUUCUGGCUCCUUAAUGAUUGCUGCUCUUCUCAGUCAUUCCUAAGCACCUUUGAUGGGAACACCUUUAGAGAGGUAGUUUGUUAACUUCCCACUGAAUUAACUGAGGCUAUUGUAGGUUAUAGGAAAUAAAGUGAUAGCAUAGUUUGACUUGUCAGCUGUGUCCAGGCCAUGGGGUCCUUGUCUAUUGUUAGUGGUAGCACCUCUCAAAGUGUAAGUGGAUAUUCAAAUGGUUAAUUUAACCUAAACAAGCCUCUGGCUUUUAGGUUGUACUUCAGCAAGGCAUAACCACCCCACUUAAUCCCUGUACUGUAAGUGCUUAUAUAGAUGAUGUCUUCUGUCUCUUUGUCUUCUCUGGGGUCUUAAGAAUAUUAGUUGUGUAGGUGCAACCAAGCUGUCACCCAUAGGCACGGUCGUGUGUGUAUAUCUGCACCUGCACCAGUGUGCAUGGCAUGUGCAUGUUUCUGUGCAUGAUGUGGGAGUGUGCAUGUAUGCGUGUGUUUCUGCGUAGCCUUUCUUUCUGUGGUUUUGUGGCUAGCUCUGAUCUGGCUUCUCUGUUUUGUUGUCCCUCUUUACACAUCCUCUGUAGCAGAGCUUCCUGGGAUUAUAUCCUUGCCUCUCUGCUAUUUCCCUCUUGUGGUUUUGGUGCUUUCCUCCCAGCACAUGUGGUCGUCUCCACCAGACUUCUUCAGGGCUCCAGAGUUGUGUGGCCUGAGUACUUGAGAGACAGGGCUGCCUGCAGCAUCCCUCUAUUCUUCUCUCUAGGCUUCUGCCUCGGUACCACAGUAUGUCUGCAGAGAAGCCUUUUUCUUCACCUCCUUUUUUCUCCUUUCUACCCUAUAGGGUCUGCAAACAUAGACAAUUCCUGUGACACUUUCUUAUUGUUUCCAGAGCUGCUUCUACAUCUUUGUUUUGGAGAACUGUCCCAACACCUGGUGCAAUCAAUCACCUAUACCUGGUAUAGCUGUGAGUCUUCUCUAUAAGGAGAGUCGAUUCCCUCUUGAUAGCUCAUUAUCCUCAGCCUGGAGCUAGGCUCCUGGUGCCACCCAGGACCCUUUCUGCCUUGACUCUAGCUUUCUGUGUUGCCCUGCCUACCCCCCAAUAUUAGCAGGCUCCCUUCCCAACAGACACCCUCCCUCUACUGGGAAUGGAUCUAUGCUGCCACUCCUGGUGACCUCAGCACGCUGCAUCACUGUCCUGUCCACGUGCCACGUUGAGGGCCCAGGAGAGGGGGUCCCUGGGUAGCAGAGUGCCUGGCCAUAUCUCUGAGGUCCCUAGUGCCACAGAGUUGAGCUGAGGGUCUCGCUUACCCUCUGACUGAUCCAGCCCUUGAAGGUGGAAGAAGAAAGGUGCCAGCCACUUUGGCAUGAAGAUAGAGUCACUUAGACGUCAUUCUUUUAAGCUGAGUGCAUUGUGAUUUCCAAUAAUUGAGGCAGUGGUUCUAAAAGCUGUCUACAUUAAUGAAAAGAGCAAUGUGGCCAGCUUGACUAAGCCGCCAGUGUGUGCAGCGCGGGCAGGACGCCACCGGGUUUCGACGGACUUGUGCAUGUUAGCAGUAUAGAUUUAUGUAAGGUGGUUUAAAACUCUGGUGUUUUAAAUAGUCUUAACUGCUCAUAAUAUGGAGACAUAUGAGAGUCCCUCUCCUCUCCCGCGUGAGCCCGCAGGAGAAGCGAUGAUGGAGAACCGAGCUUGCCCCUUCCAAGUGCUGCCCCAUGAACAGUCUCCACCACCUCCCCUGCAAACGUCCAGUGAUGCAGAGGUAAUGGACGUUGGCUCUGGUGGUGAUGGACAGUCCGAACCUCCUGCCGAGGACCCGUUCAACUUCUACGGAGCUUCUCUUCUCUCCAAAGGAUCCUUCUCUAAGGGCCGCCUUCUCAUAGACCCGAACUGUAGUGGCCACAGCCCGCGCACUGCCCGGCACGCACCCGCAGUCCGGAAGUUCUCCCCUGACCUUAAGUUGCUUAAGGAUGUAAAGAUUAGUGUGAGCUUUACUGAGAGCUGUAGGAGUAAGGACAGGAAGGUGCUGUACACAGGAGUAGAACGCAGCACUCGUGCAGAUUGUAGCCUGCUCCUUAGUCCUGUCAGCGGGGACGUGCAUGCUUGUCCCUUUGGCGGGAGUGUUAGUAAUGGGAUAGGCCUAGGGGGUGAGAGUGCAGAUAAGAAGGAGGAGGAAAAUGAGCUGGAUCAGGAAAAGAGAGUGGAGUACGCAGUGCUCGAUGAGUUAGAAGAUUUUACUGACAAUUUGGAGCUAGAUGAAGAAGGAACAGGCGGGUUCACCGCUAAAGCAAUCGUUCAAAGAGACAGAGUGGAUGAAGAGGCCUUGAAUUUCUCCUAUGAGGAUGACUUUGACAAUGAUGUGGAUGCCUUGCUAGAAGAAGGUCUUUGUGCUCCCAAGAAGAGGCGAAUGGAGGAAAAGUAUGGCGGAGACAGUGAUCAUCCAUCUGAUGGAGAGACAAGUGUGCAGCCAAUGAUGACCAAGAUUAAAACAGUGCUCAAGAGUCGUGGCCGUCCACCUACAGAGCCUUUGCCUGAUGGAUGGAUCAUGACUUUUCAUAAUUCUGGAGUCCCUGUAUACCUACACAGAGAGUCUCGAGUGGUCACCUGGUCCAGACCCUAUUUCUUGGGAACAGGGAGCAUACGGAAACAUGAUCCUCCUCUAAGCAGUAUCCCCUGUCUGCAUUAUAAGAAAAUGAAGGACAAUGAGGAACGGGAGCAAAGCUGUGAUCUCAUGCCCAGUGGGGAGGUGUCACCUGUCAAGCCCCUGGGUAGAUCUGCAGAGUUGGAUUUCCCUUUGGAAGAACCUGACUCCAUGGGUGGAGACUCAGGGUCCCUGGAUGAGAAGGACCCACUGGGGGCUGAGGCAGCCCCUGGAGCCCUGGGACAAGUGAAGGCUAAAGUUGAGGUGUGCAAAGAUGAAUCAGUUGAUCUGGAGGAAUUUCGUACCUACCUGGAGAAGCGUUUUGACUUUGAGCAAGUAACUGUGAAAAAAUUCAGGACUUGGGCUGAGCGGCGCCAGUUCAACCGUGAGAUGAAGCGGAAGCAGGCAGAGUCAGAGAGGCCCAUCCUGCCAGCCAACCAGAAGCUCAUCACUUUAUCUGUGCAAGACGCACCUACAAAGAAAGAAUUCGUCAUCAAUCCCAAUGGGAAGUCUGAGGUCUGCAUCCUGCACGAAUACAUGCAGCGUGUCCUCAAGGUCCGCCCUGUUUAUAAUUUCUUUGAAUGUGAGAAUCCAAGUGAGCCUUUUGGUGCCUCGGUGACCAUUGAUGGUGUGACUUACGGAUCUGGAACUGCAAGCAGCAAAAAACUUGCGAAGAAUAAAGCUGCCCGAGCCACAUUGGAAAUUCUCAUCCCUGACUUUGUUAAACAGACCUCUGAGGAGAAGCCCAAAGACAGUGAGGAACUGGAGUAUUUUAACCACAUCAGUAUUGAGGAUUCACGAGUCUACGAGCUGACCAGCAAGGCCGGGCUGUUGUCUCCGUAUCAGAUCCUCCAUGAGUGCCUUAAAAGAAACCAUGGAAUGGGUGACACAUCCAUCAAGUUUGAAGUGGUUCCUGGGAAAAACCAGAAGAGUGAAUAUGUCAUGGCAUGCGGCAAACACACAGUGCGCGGGUGGUGUAAGAAUAAACGAGUUGGGAAACAGUUAGCCUCUCAGAAAAUCCUUCAGCUACUGCACCCACAUGUCAAGAACUGGGGGUCCUUACUGCGCAUGUAUGGCCGUGAGAGCAGCAAAAUGGUGAAGCAGGAGACCUCUGACAAGAGUGUGAUAGAGCUACAGCAGUAUGCCAAGAAGAACAGGCCCAACCUUCACAUCCUGAGCAAGCUGCAAGAGGAAAUGAAGAGGCUGGCUGCAGAACGGAUUGCUAGGGAAGCUGCAGCACAUGGGAGUCUACCCUGGCAUUCUGAGGAGACCCUUCUGGCCUGGCCCAACCCAGCCCGCUCCCUGUACCUUCCCUCCUAGCCAGGAGGAGACUCGGAAGAAGCCCAAGAUGUCAAUUGUUGCAUCUGCCCAGCCUGGCGGUGAGCCCU